CGCGUUUACUAAAUGCUGACGGAUUAGAAGAACGUUAUUAGCGAACGUACCCGUAUUUGUUGGUGUGGUUGGUUUACAUGACAGGGUUUUGGUCUAAUUUGCUAGCAGUAGCUAACGUCAACUAGCCAUCUAGCAACUUUGGCUCGUUAACUGCUCUCUGAUAAACAAGUACAGUCAACUGGUAGCUCGGUUUUGAGUGUUUUUGCCUGGUCAGUCGGACUUAAACUUGUUUGCUCUCUUAAAAUGGAAGUUUUAACACGACAUUGAAAAGGAGCUGUCCUGAAGUCACAGAUAAAAGAUGUCUCACAACGACGAGGGAUAUGUGGUACGCAUCCGUGGUUUACCUUGGUCGUGCACACAAGAGGAAGUGGCCUCGUUUUUCUCUGACUGUGACAUUGUAGGGAAAGUGAACGGGGUGUGCUUCACCUUCUCCAAGGAGGGAAGGCCCAGUGGAGAGGCUUUUGUCGAGCUAAAAACAGCAGAGGACUUUAAAAAAGCCCUUGCAAAGGAUCGUAAAUAUAUGGGCCAUCGAUAUAUUGAAGUGUUCAAGUCGAACCGCAGUGAGAUGGACUGGGUGCUGAAACGCUGUGGCCCAACAGACUAUGACAGCUGUAGUGGCUGCAUGCUAAGGCUCAGAGGACUGCCUUUCGGCUGCAGUAAAGAGGAAAUUGUGCAGUUCUUUGCAGGGUUGAAAAUCGUGCCAAAUGGGAUUACAUUGCCGAUGGACUACCAGGGGAGGAGCACAGGGGAAGCCUUCGUGCAGUUUGCCUCAAAGGAGAUAGCAGAAAAAGCUCUGGGGAAACACAAGGAAAGAAUAGGGCACAGGUACAUAGAGAUAUUCAAAAGCAGCCGAAAUGAAAUCCGUGCAUACUAUGAAGUGCCCCGAAGAAUGAUGGGACAGAGGCCUAGUCCAUAUGACAGACCAAUGAUGGGUCGUGGGGGCUUCUUUGGUCCUGGACCUGGAAGGGGGGGUGCUGUUAUGGACCAGAUGCGCAGUGGAGGUGGUUACAGUAGUGGUUAUGGUGGCUUUGACAACUACAAUGGCUUCAACAACUACUGCUUUGGUAAUGGAAUGUUUGAAGAGCGGGCGAGAGGUGACCGAGGAAGAGGAGGGAUGGGAGGUCAUGGCUACAGCACAGGAGAAGCUAGCUCAGGCUUUCACAGUGGACACUUUGUACAUAUGAGAGGUCUUCCCUUCCGUGCAACAGAGGCAGACGUAGCCAAUUUCUUUGCUCCACUGAAUCCGAUACGGGUGCACAUUGAUGUCGGUCCCAAUGGCAAGCCUACUGGAGAGGCAGACGUUGAGUUUGGAUCUCAUGAAGACGCUGUAUCGGCCAUGUCAAAAGACAAGAACCACAUGCAACACCGUUAUAUAGAGCUUUUCUUGAACUCGACCUCGAGUGGAGCAUCUGAAAUGGGUCGUGGCGGUGGUUUCUAUGGCAACUCUGGAGGCAUGGGCUCUCGAGGAAGUGGACUGAGGGGCAUGUUCUGAAGAGAACAUUUUACAAGAAGUAAUUUUCUGAUAGAAGGAUCUUUUCUAUUGAGAUGUAUCACAUGUUCAUAUAAAAUUUAAGCAGAAUUUUUUUCCAGACUCAGAGAGUGGAAUUAAAAAGUAUAAAGUAUAUAAAUAAUUAUAUAUAGGUUGACCAGCAACUGUACAUUUUGCUUAUUAAAUUUUAUAUUAAAUUCUCCUGUGUUUGUUUCACUCGUUACUUUUUUUAAAAUCUGUUGUCAUCUAUGUAGAUCUGCAAUCUCAAGGGUCACUGUGAUGGGCUGCCGUCUUUACUGAAUAAGAUUAGCAAGCCUUUUUCCCCAGCAAAUGAAUUGUUUUGGCUGUUAACUGUUUUUCUUGACUAGUCACUUUAAAUGCAGACUUGCUGUUCAAGUAAUGAUUGUCAAUUGAAUCAUUUCUUAUAAGUUAAAAAAAUGUUCCUUGCAAAAUAAACUUUUUAAGUGUUUACAGGUCAUUGCAAAACCUUUGUUCUGAUUACAUGAUACCUUUAACAUUGCUGUUUUCACAGAUGGGGAAUAUUUGCGUUUUCAUUUGAUGUAUGUUGCAUUUCUCUGAAGGACUGUACAAGGCACACCUACAUUAAAACAGAAAUGUUUAUGUAAAAUUU